CCUUGGGCUUUAGCCAUGUCAGGCUCGGCGGGAUCCGGCGGGGCGACCGGCUCGGCGCGCAAGCGGCUGAUGAAGGAGGAGGACAUGACGAAAGUAGAGUUCGAGACGAGCGAAGAGGUGGAUGUGACGCCCACCUUCGACACCAUGGGGCUGCGGGAGGACCUGCUGCGCGGCAUCUAUGCCUACGGUUUCGAGAAGCCCUCGGCCAUCCAGCAGAGAGCCAUCAAGCAGAUCAUCAAGGGGAGAGACGUGAUCGCCCAGUCACAGUCAGGAACAGGAAAGACAGCAACGUUCUCCAUCUCUGUUCUGCAGUGUCUGGAUAUCCAGGUCCGUGAGACCCAGGCGCUGAUCUUGGCACCCACUCGGGAGCUGGCUGUGCAGAUUCAGAAGGGCCUUCUUGCUCUGGGAGACUACAUGAACGUGCAGUGCCACGCCUGCAUCGGGGGCACCAACGUGGGCGAGGACAUCCGGAAGCUGGAUUACGGGCAGCACGUCGUGGCUGGCACCCCAGGCCGAGUCUUUGACAUGAUCCGUCGGCGGAGCCUGAGGACUCGUGCCAUCAAAAUGCUGGUUCUGGAUGAAGCAGAUGAAAUGCUCAACAAAGGUUUUAAGGAGCAGAUUUAUGAUGUGUAUAGAUACCUGCCUCCAGCUACCCAGGUGGUUCUGAUCAGUGCCACCUUGCCUCAUGAAAUCCUGGAGAUGACCAACAAGUUCAUGACAGACCCCAUUCGCAUCUUGGUGAAGCGUGAUGAGUUGACCCUGGAAGGCAUCAAGCAGUUUUUUGUGGCUGUGGAGAGGGAAGAAUGGAAGUUUGACACCUUGUGUGACCUCUACGACACCCUCACCAUCACCCAGGCUGUCAUCUUCUGCAACACCAAGAGAAAGGUAGACUGGCUCACAGAGAAGAUGAGAGAAGCCAACUUCACGGUGUCCUCCAUGCACGGGGACAUGCCCCAGAAGGAGAGGGAAUCCAUCAUGAAGGAGUUCAGAUCCGGCGCAAGCCGAGUCCUUAUUUCAACAGACGUUUGGGCUCGGGGCCUGGACGUGCCUCAGGUGUCCCUGAUCAUUAACUACGACCUCCCCAACAACAGAGAGCUCUACAUCCACAGGAUCGGCCGCUCGGGCCGGUACGGCCGCAAGGGGGUCGCCAUCAACUUCGUGAAGAACGACGACAUCCGCAUCCUGCGGGACAUCGAGCAGUACUACUCCACCCAGAUCGACGAGAUGCCCAUGAACGUUGCUGAUCUUAUCUGAAGGCCCAGGCCCAGCAGGGAGCUGCAGUCACAGUUUGGUAGCCUCCAUAACUCUCUUUUAGCCCUAGGCCUUCUUUUCACCUUGCUGGUGCUUGAGUGGAGCUGCUCUUGGGAGCUCGUGUAAAUAAUGACUUUUACUGCCCCUCCCCCCCACACCAUGUGUUUUUCAAUUAAAAA